UCUUCUUCUUCUUCUUCUUCUUCUUCCUCUUUCUCCAUUUCUAGGGUUCCAUUUUUCUCAAUUUCUAUGUACUAAUACAUGCCAAUUCACCCAUGAGACCCCAUAUGAGAAACCUUAAUCUCUUCCUUAUCCUUCUCCUCUUGGGUCUUCACCUCUGCUCAGUCCUCUCCUGGAAGAGAGACGAGUUCAGAAACUGUAACCAGACCCCUUUCUGCAAGCGCGCCAGGUCCCGUAAGCCCGGAUCCUGCUCCCUCAUCGCCCGCCACGUCUCCAUUUCCUACGGUGAGCUCACCGCCAAGCUCCUUCCCAAGAAUCAAGAUAAUGUGAAAGACCAUGACCAAAUCCAGCCCUUGGUUCUCACUCUCUCCGUGUACCAGGAUGGCAUCCUACGUCUCAAGAUCGACGAGGACCCCUCCCUCGGUCCACCUAAGAAGCGCUUCGAGGUCCCCGAUGUGAUCGUCCCCGAAUUCUCUAACACGAAGCUCUGGCUCCAGAGGGUCUCGACGGAGAAGAUCAAAGGGGAUUCUGAGCCUUCGUCGAUCGUGUACAUAUCUGACGGAUACGAGGCGGUUCUCCGGCACGACCCGUUUGAGGUUUACGUGCGUGAGAAGGGUAACGGUAAUCGUGUGAUUUCCUUGAACUCCCAUGGAUUUUUUGAUUUCGAGCAAUUGAGAACGAAGAGAGAAGGUGAGGAAUGGGAAGAGAAAUUUCGAGGGCAUACCGACUCGAGGCCGUACGGCCCCCAGUCUAUUAGCUUCGAUGUGUCGUUUUACGGCGCGGAUUUUGUGUACGGGAUCCCAGAGCAUGCUACGAGCCUCGCUCUGAAGCCGACAAGAGGCCCCGGGGUCGAGUAUUCCGAACCUUAUAGGUUGUUUAACUUAGACGUGUUCGAGUACAUUCACGAUUCUCCAUUUGGGAUUUACGGGUCGAUUCCAUUCAUGAUUUCGCACGGGAAGCAACGCGGGACUUCCGGAUUUUUCUGGUUGAAUGCAGCGGAGAUGCAGAUUGAUGUGAUGGGAGCGGGGUGGGAUGCCGAUUCGGGGAUUACGCUGCCGUCUGAGAAGAAUAGGAUCGAUACGUUUUGGAUGAGUGAGGCAGGAAUAGUGGAUACAUUCUUUUUUGUUGGUCCGGGGCCCAAGGAUGUUGUGAGACAGUAUACGAGUGUGACUGGCAUGCCCGCUAUGCCACAACUGUUCGCGACAGCGUAUCACCAAUGUAGAUGGAAUUAUAGGGAUGAGGAGGACGUUGAUCAUGUGGAUUCCAAGUUUGAUGAGCACAACAUUCCUUACGAUGUUUUGUGGCUCGAUAUCGAGCACACGGAUGGAAAGAGGUAUUUUACUUGGGACAGUACGCUUUUCCCGCAUCCGGAGGAGAUGCAGAGGAAGUUGGCCACCAAGGGAAGGCAUAUGGUUACGAUUGUGGAUCCUCAUAUUAAGAGGGACGACUCGUAUCAUGUGCACAAGGAGGCCACGCAGAAGGGGUAUUAUGUUAAGGAUGCCCAUGGGAAUGAUUUUGAUGGCUGGUGCUGGCCUGGUUCUUCGUCGUACCUGGAUAUGUUGAGUCCGGAGAUUAGGUCAUGGUGGGCUGACAGGUUCUCUCUUGAGAAUUAUGUUGGUUCAACUCCCUCGCUCUACAUCUGGAAUGAUAUGAACGAGCCUUCUGUUUUUAAUGGUCCUGAGUUGACAAUGCCGAGAGAUUCUUUACAUUUUGGAGGUUUUGAACACCGGGAGCUACAUAAUGCCUAUGGGUACUACUUCCACAUGGCAACAGCUGAAGGGCUUGUAAAACGUGGAGAAGGGAAGGAUAGGCCUUUUGUUUUGUCAAGAGCGUUGUUUGCUGGAAGUCAAAGGUAUGGAGCAAUUUGGACAGGAGACAAUUCAGCGGAUUGGGAUCAUCUAAGGGUUUCAGUCCCAAUGGUUUUAACACUCGGUCUUACUGGAAUGUCAUUCUCUGGUGCGGAUGUGGGUGGGUUUUUUGGCAAUCCUGAGCCUGAAUUAUUGGUUCGCUGGUAUCAGCUAGGUGCUUAUUAUCCUUUCUUCAGGGGGCAUGCCCAUCAUGACACGAAAAGACGUGAACCAUGGCUAUUUGGAGAGAGAAAUACGGAACUUAUCAGAGAUGCCAUACAUGUCCGCUACAUGUUGCUGCCUUAUUUCUACACAUUAUUCAGAGAGGCCAACACUAGUGGCGUUCCUGUUGUGCGUCCAUUGUGGAUGGAGUUCCCUUCUGAGGAAGCUACUUUCAGCAAUGAUGAAGCUUUUAUGGUUGGUAGCAGUAUUCUGGUUCAAGGGAUUUAUACCGAGCGCGCUAAGCAUGCAUCAGUGUAUUUGCCUGGGGGACAAUCCUGGUUUGAUCUGAGAACUGGAACUGCUUAUAAGGGAGGUUUGACCCACAAGCUGGGGGUCUCAGAAGACAGUGUUCCUGCCUUUCAAAGGGCUGGAGCCAUCAUACCGAGGAAAGACCGGUUUCGGCGAAGCUCCACACAGAUGGUGAAUGAUCCAUAUACUCUGGUGAUAGCUCUUAAUAGCUCCCAAGCAGCUGAAGGUGAACUCUAUGUCGACGAUGGCAAAAGCUUUGAAUUUGAGCGGGCAUACAUUCAUCGCCGCUUUGUGUUCUCAGAUGGCAAACUGACAUCUAUGAAUCUGGCACCCGCUUCCCCCGGUAAAUCUCAGUUUUCUUCAGAAUCUGUUGUCGAGAGAAUUGUAGUGCUAGGACAUGUUCACGGGGCAAAGAGUGCUGUAAUUGAGCCAACAAAUCGAAAGGUUGACAUUGAACUGGGGCCGCUGUGGCUUCAAUGGGGACGCGAAUCUGCUGCUGUAACCAUCCGCAAGCCUGGUGUUCGGAUUGCAGAUAACUGGACCAUAAAAAUUUUGUAAGAACCUUGAUGACUAGACUGAGUUUUGUUUUGUUUUGUUUUUCUUUCAAUCAUUGAUCAUAUUGUCUACGAGAUUUCUUUCCAUCAAUUUGAGUGGACGUGGAGAAAUCUGGAACUCA